AUGUUGUCAACGGUUCUGCAUGUGGCUGAGAGGGCAGCGCGGUACUCAGAGGCCUUUCCUGGUAGGCUGUGCAUGCUGUCGAAAACCUACAACCCCUUCGAUUUUGAGGAAGAGGCUGAAGAUCUACUUUUAAGAUUCUCAAUUAUUUGUAGGAGCAGGGGGAGCAAGUUAAUUUUCACUGGGAAACGAAUAAUGAUAAUUUAUUUUAAUAUUAUAAAGUAAGGGCAAGGGCUGAGGGAUGGGCCUGACACUCAGAAACUGAUUUUGCUUUCUAAUGAUGGGAUGCACGAAAAUGGAAUACUUGGACAGCUUCACCAUCUACAUUCGCUACCAAAUCAAAAAGCACGGCAUUCAUUCCAGUAUCGUCCAAGAGCAGCUUGAUGCGUUUGCCGCUAUCGGAAGGCCUGACAACCUGCAAACAUUAAGGCCUCACCCACUCCAUCUCUCUAUCUUGGUUCCUCAUUAAGUUGCUGUCGCUUUUCAGUAGAGAAGAUGGAUUCAUUGGUCUGAGUUCUAAAGUCGGGGAGAAACUUGCGAGACGUGGCCAGGUAUUUUAUGCAUGGCUGACCCAUCAAAAAGGGCCAAUAAAUGUCUAAUAGUGAUCUAAUAAUAGAGCACUAAUAGACAAAUAAUGACUCAGUAUUCAAUUAAUUAGGUACAAUAAUCACACAGUAUUCGUUCAGAAAUAGAACAGUAAACACCUAGUGUUAGUGCUUCGCGUGCAGUCGUGGCCCGCAGGCUUUUGGUCUUAUCACAGGUGUUCCCGUCGACGCGAACAAAUCAAGACAUACGCAGUUGUAUGAAAGGCUAUAGAACUACUUGCUUUCUGUAGUAUUCUUUGUAUUAGUCCCCACUAGAAAUAGAACACUACGAAAGUAAGCAAGUAGUUAGUUAGCUUUUCAUGUCUUGCGUCGCAAGACUACAACACCAGGCAGUACAACAACCUAUGCAGACCAUUCCGCCAACGAGAACAAGCACUGCGUGAGGGCAUCCGCGCUUUAGUUAAGGACCAACAAGCUCGUGGUAGGGAUAGGCUAGCACGCAUCAGAGCAAGAAUAUACAUGGGGGGGGUGAUCAGUGGCAGAGGGGUAGGGGCUUAUGAUCUGAAGGAGUUACUUUUUAACUUUAUUUACUUCGUUCUAACAUGCAGAAGAAGAAACACUUGGGAGUAGGUUCGCUGGCAAUGCGUGACCUGCAUACUUCAGGAGCCUCGUUUUUGCCUGUCGAAGACGAAUCGCAGAUGCAGCAGGUACCUCUUGAAGAUGGGCCGUCUGGUGAUGGAGACGAUGCAGAAGCUCUAGCAGGAGCAGGACUAGACGCUGUCGAAGCAGAAGGUGAAGAUGAGAAAUCAAACGCGACUCGACAGUACGUGGAUGAUAAUCGCACGAGGCUACAGCAGGAAGUAGAAGAAGUCAAGUCGUUGCCAGCCAAAGAAAUUGACAGGAAACUACUAGAACUACAAAAAAAGUCGCCGCAUCUAUGGACGAUACAGGACUGGGUCAAUUGGCGAGUGAAUACGAACGAAUGGCGCCACCUUGUGCGUCACGCGGUCAGCAAUAGAAGGACUAGGUGCAACAUGAAGUACGAAGGAGAUGAGGAUGAGUGGAAGGACAACAGCGAGACUCGUCUGCGACCACAACCCUGGCGCCGCUAUCAAUGGGAGAAGAGCUUUCCAGAAGAGCCCGACGUUAAAUGGUUUGAGAGCAACAGGAGCAGACUGCACCACAAGAACGCCUUCUACGCUGUGAAGAUAGACAGUCGCAUCGAGAUGGUUUUUCUUUUAUCACACGAAUGCUGGGCCUUGCGAUUUAAUGUGGACCCAUCUUAUGGCCGAGCAGUAUUCUUGAUAUUCAUACGUGUGCUUUUAUAUCAUCUCAUCUCUUUUAUAUCAUCUUACUUCUCCGAAGAGUUUGGUGCUGAUCUACGUGGCCCUCUUCUAUCCUCUAAUGAAUAUUUGGCAACGUUUUUUUCUUGGAGUUGGACAAGCCGUUGCAACCAGAACCCUGCAGAGAGCUACUAUCGAAUCUACAGGAGGAGCAGACGACUUUGCAUGUCGUGGAGCCGGUCGCCCACACACUCAACGAUCAUCGAGUUGUGUGGAAGAUCCCAGUGGGAUCGCACUUCGAGGCCCAGCCCAAAGUUGUUGAGCAAAACGAGAAGAAGCAGAAAGGGAAGGGAAAGGCGAAAGGGAAAAAGGAAAAAGACCAAGUGGCGGAUGGGUUGCACGCGGCUGAGUACGAUCCCGAAUGCGAAUGGCAGUGGGAUGAGGAUGAAGUUGCUGAUGAUAUUGAGGACGAGUCUGCCCCUCAUCAACGUGCCCUGAGCCUUCCUGUCUUAGCUGAUCCGGCGCUGUUUCCACCAGAGGAGGAGAACGAGAUGGAGCUUGCAGAGAUCGAAGCUCAUCGAGAUCCGCCACUAGAUGAAGAGCGAGAACCUGCCGCCAACGAGGAUGUCCAAGGGCGUGAGGAGGCGGAAAUGGAGAACCAGCAUCAACAUGCAGCUCCAGCUGUAGCUGAUGGAGGAGGAGGAGGCCUUGCUGACUGGAAUGACGUUGAUGGCGUCUCCAAUGCGUCCAGGAAAGAAAGGGGAGAAAGCGUUAGAGUCUCGCUAGGCUGCUUCACCAUAAAUCAGACGGACGAUGGCAAAGGUGCGGCCAAUACAUGCAUGCGGAUUUAUUGCCUGGAGUCCUGGAAGAGGCGCAUGAACGAGGCGGAUUUGUUUAUGGCUCAUCUAAGUGCAUCACCAGAUCUAGCUCAUCUACAUUGUUUAUAAGUAGGCUCUUCUCUCUUAUUGGUGUAUAUUCUCUAACACGGCCAUCAUUUGGCAGACGCAGGCCAAGCUUAGCGAAUGCGACAAAGAGGAAACGGUAGAGACGUACCUGCGGGGGUGGAUGGUCCACAAUAUGAGUAAGGCGUCGAUAUUCAUGGACACACCACACAGACGGCUGCACGUGGAACGGCAAAAGCAACGAGUCACGUUGGAAUGGAGAGCAAUGACAGACCUUGAACGAGCAGAAAUCAGGAGGAUAUGCGCAACAAGAAAACCAAGGCACCGCUGGGUGUGGCCUUUUCAUGAUGAUGACGAAGAGAAUCCAUAACAUUUUAGAGGCAGAAGAGGACCAUCAUUCUGCAAGCAUCAUGGUUAUUGUUUCGAAGUGAGCUUGUUUUUGAGUAUCAAGCCUCUCUGUAUCUCUUAUCUACGUGUAGAUGCUUAGUUGUAUUGUGUGAGCUUUUGUUUCUUGGUCUUGAUUCAGUACCUCCUAUAAAGAAUGAUCCACAUGAAUUUCUGAGCUAGCGUACUAGCGUACGCGUCUAGUGUUCAUGGAUAUAGAUGCCACUGAAUAGCAAUAGCGUAAGAGUAAUAACGUAAGCAGAUCAGUACCGCAUAACUAAUGACUCAGUCUUGGCCCACUAAUGAACCACUACUAGCCCAGUAAUGGCACAGUAAUUUUUCUCGAAAGCCUACUAAUGGAGCAGUAGUGAACUAGUAUUUAAGCCAAAAAUCCAGUAUACUCAUCAUUUUCACGGGUAACCCCUUGCUUAUACUACUAAUUUAGCCUAGUAUACUCCAAAUUUCCCUCAUAUUAUUGAAUGAUUACUAGGUCAAGCGGCUUAGAUUAUUAGAUGACUACUGAAUCACUAUUGAUUAUUAAUGUACCACUAUUCCAUCGCUUCUGCUCAUUAUUGAACUACCACAAUUGAUCUCAUUUCUCUGCAGUGACGUGCAACAGAUGCCGACGCAUCCUCAUAGACGUAAAGAUGUUUCGCUUGAACAGAUACAGCCGUAGAAUAUACGACGUAUUGCCAUUAGAAAACUCACACAGCUAACUGUGAUUGAAAUUAUAAUGGAUACUAUGGCUCUCACCCAUGUUCUUCAGAGAGGCAUCACACUCAAUGAGAGAUGGAGAGACGAUGCGAGACCAAGAUGAUACAUUAUUUCAGCUGUGGAAGAGAGAAAAAUGACGAGUGA